AAAUCUGGGUUGUGCGUCGACAGUAGUAAAACUCCGUGAUCUAAAAAAUUUAAAAAAAAGCUGUCUGAAGCAGUCUCCUCUCCUCUCUGUCUCUCUCAGCAAAUAAUCACUACAUCACGGCCAUAUACACACCACAUUCUCUUUCUUUUCUUCGUUUUCUUAUAUAACACGGCGUUUCUCAAUCCCCUUCUUAUCCAACGUUCUCGUCUCCUUCACAAUUUUGUUGACUUUUUCCGGUUUACAAUCGGCAUUUUACUUAGACAGGAGACGAAAUCUUGAACCUUUGAUUUAUACUUACAAAAAAAAAGAUAAUAGAUUUGAGAGUGUAUAGAUAAAAAAGAAUCACAAAGAUGAGUUCGAGGGAUGAUACAGAGGAGGCUAGGAAUGAUCUGCGACGACCUUUCAUGCACACAGGAAGUUGGUACCGGAUGGGUUCAAGACAAUCGAGCAUGAUGGGUUCGUCUCAAGUCAUCAAAGACAACUCAAUCUCUGUUCUUGCUUGUGUUCUGAUCAUUGCUCUUGGUCCUAUUCAAUUCGGUUUCACUUGUGGUUACUCUUCUCCAACUCAAGCUGCAAUCAUCAAGGAUCUGGGUUUGACUGUAUCUGAGUACUCUGUCUUUGGUUCUCUGUCCAAUGUGGGUGCUAUGGUUGGUGCAAUUGCCAGUGGUCAGAUCGCUGAAUACAUUGGACGAAAAGGGUCUCUGAUGAUUGCUGCCAUUCCCAAUAUCAUUGGUUGGCUUUGCAUCUCAUUUGCAGAAGAUACUUCUUUUCUUUUCAUGGGAAGACUUUUAGAAGGCUUUGGCGUUGGGAUCAUCUCUUACACGGUGCCUGUAUAUAUUGCUGAGAUAGCUCCACAGAAUAUGAGGGGAGGGUUGGGUUCUGUUAACCAGCUUUCUGUGACAAUUGGAAUAAUGUUGGCUUAUUUACUUGGCCUCUUUGUCCCAUGGAGAAUCCUUGCAGUUUUGGGGACGUUGCCAUGCAUAGUAUUGAUACCUGGUCUCUUUUUCAUUCCUGAGUCCCCUCGUUGGCUGGCAAAAAUGGGUAUGACUGAUGAUUUUGAAACUUCCUUGCAAGUUCUUAGAGGAUUUGAGACUGAUAUUACCGUUGAGGUUAAUGAAAUCAAGAGAUCUGUGGGAACAUCUACGAAACGAUCAUCUACAGUUCGGUUUGUUGAUCUCAAGCGCAGGAGAUACUAUUUCCCACUUAUGGUUGGUAUAGGGUUGCUUGUACUUCAACAACUCGGUGGAAUUAAUGGCGUCCUGUUCUAUUCCAGUACAAUCUUUGAAUCUGCAGGAGUUACAUCGAGUAACGCAGCAACGUUUGGGGUCGGCGCUAUUCAGGUAGUGGCCACUGCAAUAUCAACAUGGUUGGUGGACAAAGCAGGUCGUCGGCUUCUUCUUACCAUCUCUUCUGUUGGGAUGACGAUUAGCCUAGUGAUUGUUGCAGCUGCCUUUUACCUUAAGGAAUUCGUGUCUCAUGAUUCAGACAUGUACAGUAUGCUGAGCAUCUUGUCAGUUGUUGGAGUAGUGGCAAUGGUUGUUUCUUUCUCACUGGGAAUGGGACCAAUUCCGUGGCUCAUUAUGUCUGAGAUUCUUCCUGUAAACAUAAAGGGUUUAGCUGGAAGUAUAGCUACUUUAGCCAAUUGGUUCAUCUCUUGGUUGAUUACUAUGACUGCAAACUUGCUCUUAGCCUGGAGCAGUGGAGGAACUUUCACUCUAUACGGUUUGGUUUGUGCAUUCACGGUGGUGUUUGUAACUCUGUGGGUUCCUGAGACCAAAGGCAAAACCCUUGAAGAACUUCAAGCUUUGUUCAGAUGAAAAAAAAAAAAACUCAAAGCAAUUUCAUUCUUUGUGGUCUCUGUUUUCGCCACGAACAAGAAGAAACAGAGAAAUGUUCCAGCUGUUGUUAAUUGGGCUGAGAAGCUAUUAAGAUUUGUUUGUUUGUUGUGUCAAUAUUUUUUUUGUUUGUUCAACUUUUUGUGUCAAUAAUCUUCUGUUCAUUCAAUGUAUAUGAACGAACACACAUUCGAGUUUUUGUAAUUUGAUCAAACUCUUUUUACACAGAGACAAAAUCUAGAAUUGUAACCUUA